AUGCAACAGCCAGAAACCUUCCAUAUCUUCACACUCUUCCCGCCAGUCACCGCACUGCGUCAGCGUGUAACUCCACCGGAGGGUGAUCUACUUGGGGGAAUACAUGUUCCAAGCGGAGUUGACAUCGGAGGGCUACUAAGACACGAAGCAACCUUUGGGAUUGACGCAGAUAUGUUUAGACCAGAGCGGUGGUUAGAGAGUACACAACCACAGCUUCGUCAAAUGGAACGAGUGCAUGAGCUACUUUUCAACAUGGGUACCACGCGCUGUCUGGGUAUAAAUUUGGCAAUGAUGAUGAUGCACAAACUCUUUGCUGAGGUUUUCCGGCGGUGGGAUAUUAUAAUCGUGAAUCCAACCCGCCCUUGGGAUAGCAGGUGUCAUGGUGUGUUUCAGCAAAAAGACUUAUUUUUUCGCAUCACAUCUCGGUCAGUUCAUAUUGAUGAUAAGCCAACUUAA